AUGCCUCUCGUGUCCGACGAGCCGUCCGCAGAGCUCAUGGGAUACGUGAACCUCAUCGCCGCGCCGAACAGGGAACUUCUGCACAAGGCUCAGUUACAUUGCAUAUCCAAUGGCCAUCUUUUGGAAAACCGUCCUGAGCUUGCUAUUUUCGACGAUACCCCAGACCGCGGAAGAUACGUUGCGAAGUGCAGCAAAUCGCACGCUCAGAACCCCGGCGAGUACGGCCCAGGUGCCCUCUGUACUUUCGUAUCGGAUGCCCUACCUGAAGAGGAUCUAAGCUAUAUGCGGGGCCUGGACGUCUCUCCUAAAGAUCUCAUACAGUGUGUAGAGACGAUAAGGGCGGAUGUUCGGUCUCAUCACAUCGAGAAAGACAUUGCGGCGGAUGUCGAUCAUAAGCGUCGCAUUCCCGUGCGAGACAAGUACACAACGGUCGUUCCUAACCAGCGCAUUGGACGUUCAGAGGGAUCUCGAGCCAGACGCGGGAAUAACGCACCUCGCCCCAUCAGCUCAACCAUAGUGCUCGAGCGGAUGAUUAGCUCUUCAUCCCGGCCUAUGGUCACGGGUCGUCGGCAACCUACUCGGUUGAUUACCUUCCAAAUCGAAGUCCGGUUCUUCUUCAAGAAUGAUCAAGCACCGACUUCUAUCUUCCUUCCUAUAGGGUCGCAAGACGAUUUUAUACGAAUGUCCGACUACGGUGCGCAUUGGAAGACGCACGACAUUGAGUUCGAUGAGAUCAUUCUCGUCUUGGUCGUGGACCAGUCCACACAUCUCCCAGUUUGGGAACCUGUUCGUCUGGGCGACUGGGUAUCUGCCGUCCGGGUGGAGCCGCUGAUUGCCAGACACUAUGGCGUUGAACCUGCGCAGGAGCAAAUGCUGGAGGUCUACCGGCAUGCCUACAGAGGCUCAUUAACGACUUCCGUCUGA